AAUGCUCUCCCCUGUUGAAAGUGGGUCAAAGCUUGUGACGUCAGAUGUAAAUAAACUGAAACGACAACAAAUAAGGAAUUUUCUACGCAUUAUUUUCAUUCAAGUUUUCGACCGAAUCAGACAUGAGCACAAACGGAACACAAAUGCAGAGAGACGAUUUGCAAGAGUCUUGGGUGGAUUUGUACUACCAGGCCAGUGGACAGAGCAGCCCCAAGCGUGAGGGCACAGACAUACACAGCAGCGGUAUCUACACACCCCUCAAUAUAGAGAAACUCCUUACGGAUGCUCAACGUGAAUCUGUCAACAACAGUAGGGAGCCUUCCGCAAGAACAAGUCCCAAGUGUCCCAGAAGCCCAGUGCUCUCCCUGUCCAACAGCUCAAACACUUCCAAUGUGGAUGUUCGGGAGGAGCCGGGUACCGACUGGAUCUGGGACUGGUCCUCAGGGCCAGAGCGCAACCCUUUGGGAGAUCACAGUGUGAAGUUUCGUCGACCUCGCCAGGACUACAAAAGCUUGCGAAACUCAAAAACCCUGCGUGCUAUCUUUAAUAGCGACAGUCUACCUACGCUGUUGAUCACACAUGCAUGCACGCUAGUCAUUGGAGCAGUUUUCGGAGCAUCCAUUGUUUGGGUGAUCUGGCGUUACCCACGGCGCGAGCUGGUCAGUGUUUAACAACCGGAUGGUCUGUAAACAUGGAUGUAUAACACACCAGUGUCGGGAUGGUUAUUUCAGAGCGAGCAAUGUAGGAUCAUACUUGCAUACCCGGCUUGUAAAGAACAGCAUUCUCUUUUUACAAUACAAGACAGGUUGAGUCUGUUUUGCUUGUCUUUUACUACAACAUACUUCUAUGUGUUUUAUGUCUGGUAAUUUUUCAGUUAUAAUAUUGUAAUUAAUUUCCUAGCUCUGAUAUUUCCUGUUAAAAGUGUCUGAAUACACCAAUUGUUUUUUAUUGCUGACAAAACAGCCAAUAUGUUUAUUGCUUGUUUUAAACGUACAUGUUUAUUUAGACAUUUUUGAGAUGGGAUGAAUUUACAAGAAUGACAUUUGUUCAACUUCAAUUAGUCCUAAAUUUCAUUUUUCCUCUCUUUUUACACGAGUAGGGACAUGGCAGAAUUUGAGUAUAAAGUUUUCUUAUCAGAAAAGGUCAACCUAGUAUAUUUAAAGUCCUAGCAAUUAAAAAAAAUCAAACAAUUUCUAGUCAGAAUUUACAGCUUUAGGUAUAAUUAGCCAUUAACAAUGUACAUGUAGUGACUAAUUUGUUUUUAUUUCAACUGCAAAUUAAAAUGAAUAUCUUUGUAAAAUUGCUAUGGGCUUUGUAUGAAACACUGUCUCUUUCUCAUGUUCACUUACAUGUUGGUCUUUAUUCUGCAAGUACAAGUGAUAUGCUUUCAAUAAUGCUCUCUUCCUUACAGUAAACUUGAAUAAAUCAAUGAAAUUUAUGGUUUUAAACAUUUCAAAAGCAUCUCAAGGCAUGAGUUGAUUAAUCAACUUAUGGAUGGUGUAUAACUUUUUAAUCCAAGGAUUUUAUUGAGGUUAAUUAAAAAAAUAAACAUUAUGGAGGGUAAGUGGAUGUUCUAAAAAAGCAUUGUUACAGAAUAUUCAGUGGAAUUUACAAUAUACUAUAAAGUGUCUUCAUAAGUGAUGUUUGUUUAUAGUUAAUUGAAGAGUUUAAAACACACAUUUUAUGUUUUGACUCUUAGAACUUUUUUAGAAAUUUAAGAAUGGAUAUGUUCAGAACCACCAUAGAAAUUGGUAAUAAUUCCUGCCAGUGUUUUACUAACCUAGGGUCGUGCUUUAACAAGACCCUCAUGUUUUUUCUCAAUUAAUUUCUGUGCUUUGUUAUAUGUGUAAUGGUACAUGCAGUUGUUAUGAAUGCAAAUGUUCUACUGCUGUUAUUCUAUUUGUAUGUUUCUUAGUACAUGUUUACAAUAUUGUUUAUUAUGUAAGUAAUUAUAUUUUAAAACUCCCAAACCAUGGGACUUUUGAACAUAAUGUUGGAGAAAACUUAUUGAGAACUUCACACAUUUUGAACGGAAAGUCAAAAUUAUUGUGCAUAUAAAUCAUGGUAUGUUCAGAAGAUUCUGUACAUUAUUGGCCAUAUGAAUCAUGGUAUGUUUGGAAUAACACUUAUCUACAUGUACUCAUAAUGUGCCGGUGUUUACAUAUGAGUUUGUGACCAAUUGAAAGUCAUUCCUAUGUAAAAGAUUUCUAGGUUUAUUAAACAGUAUACAUGGAUAAUAAUAAGAGUGGAUGAAGGACAAUCCCUUGAUAAACAACUACCUAACCCCCUUUUUUAGAUUUAAGUAGUUUAUUUCAGAUUAUGUAUAAGUAAGAUUCAUAAAUUUCUACAAAAAAGGAAGAAAGACUUAAAAAUACCUGUAUGUUUGGUGCCUAUUUUGAGAUUGUUUAUGUCUGCUUAUACGAUUGCGCGCCACACAUGUGGUUUUGAAGUUUUACAUUUCUCAUUACUGUCAGUAUUGUUUGUGUAAUUUGUUGAGUGCAAUAACACUGUACUUGGUUGUAUAUCGUUUACUUUGUUCUUGCAUUUAACAUAAUAAUUUUGCAUAUACAGUUCAUAUUAUUGUUGCAUUGUAUUGUGACUAUCACUGCAUCUUUUUAACAGUAUGUUAAAGGCUCUGUUAUAGAGUGAUUAUGAAAAGUUACUAAUGACAUUUUUCAUGAAACAGUGAACCUAAGGGCUGAUGUUUUAUUCAUUUGUAUUUUUCUGUAUCGUGUUUUCUGUUUCAUUAAUCUUUACGCAAAAUUAAAGGGUAAGAAGCAAACAUCUUAACAACUUUGUUAUGGUUAGAUGUACACUGUUCACAAAAUGACAUGCUUUGAUGUUUUAAUGUGUAUGACAGUUGUUAUUGGAAUUUGAUUGACAGCAGACUUAAGACCUUACAACAGAAGCAUUUAUUUCUUUGUGCACACAGAUGUUUAAGCAGAAAUGGUAGGCCCUACAGGAUAUGUAGGAAUUUCUUUUAGGAUUGCAUAAUAGUUGAUAAAUUUGUAGAACUAACAGUAAAAACAAAAACAAAAAUGUGUGAUGUCACUCUUGUUUAGUAGCUUUUAAAAGUAGAUUUUUUUCAGUACUAAGCAUGUUUUGUGAACAUCAAAUGCAAAAGAAUAUUUUACUAGAUAUCGUGUUAUAAUUCAAAUUUUGUAUUCAGUUAUGUAUUGUUUUGAAAUCCUUUGCUGUAAUUAAGUGCUUUAAUUUAUUAGCUUACACCUCAUUCUCUAGGGCCAGGCAGUUGGGUCAGUCAUGGUUUGUCAUCUGAAAGUGGCUUGUUUUACAGCUUUUCAUUUGUUAUGUCCUGUUUUUGUCUGUACUAUCAGAGUGCCAUGCUGGCUUCUUGGUAUUUAAAUGUGCUUGUAUUUUUUUUGCAAUGUAUAUAAUAGUGGGUUCUGCAAUUGUAUCUGUAUUUCAAACACCACUGCAUAUUGAUAGGCCAAAUCAGUAAUUUUUUAACACGGCGAAGUAAAAAAAAACAUGGUGAAAUAAGCUUUACUGAGUAUUUUAUUUGAAGUAUAAGUUAUUUUAAAUUUAGAAAAAAAUAUUUGUAGCCUUAUACCAUGUGCUUUUAUUUCUUUUAUUUAAAAUAUUUGUUAUUUCAAAAAUGUGAAAAAAAUAUUUGUAUCAUCGUAUCACGUGCUUUUAUUAUUUGGCCAAUUUUCAGUUAGUGCUUUUUAUUUUUGUAAUGUAGUGUACUCCCCACCUUGGUUAUUGUUGUAUACUUCAUAAAUUGUGUAAUUCUCAUUCUCUACAAUAUAAAAAUGAUUAUAUACAUAACAUUAGUUAAGAACAGGGAUCUGGCUUUCUUGCCAUAUCUUUUUGUCAAAUUGACACAUACUUUAAGUUAACUGCAUAACAUUCCUAUGCAAAUUCUUACAAGGUUUAUUUCCAUAAAAACGUAGAAACAAGAGAUGUCAGGUCCCUUUUCUUAUUCGCAUAUUUCUUGUUGUGUAGUUUAUCGUAACAAUGUACCUUAUAACGUGUACUAGUUUUUCAGCUACAGUAGCAAUAUAUAUAGUUAUGUAUAUUGACAAUGCAAACACUAUUUCAUAACAUUGCAAGUUCUUAAUCUCUUCAUUUUCAGUUUAUGUUGAACUGAUUCAUUUGAUAACAUUGUGAUACAUACAUUUGUAUGGAUAGUUGUGACAAGUCAGUGAAGAACACAUAUUUUUAUAUCACAAAACGGUCCAAAUAGUAGAAAUUGUAUGAAUGAUGUUCAUGUACAUGUAUGCAUGCCUUCAGGUAACAAUACAUAUUGAGAAUUUGGUCUGCA